CUUUAGCUUAUUAUCCUUGGCCAGCAAUUCACACAACACAACCCUUCAGCUGUGGGGUUUUCCAUGAACCCCGAAACAACACCGAAGAAAGUUUCUCUACCUCUUCAAUCUUCAUCACCCCUCCUCGCCGGCCUUCGUUCCCCUGCUGUAUCUUCACCUGCCUGCCGCAUUUUGUCGAGAGGCAGUGCCACCGCCACGCUACACUGAUUUGUGAAUCGUCGUCGUCGUCGUCAGUUUUUCUCUGUUAGGUUUCCGAUUGGGGGGGAGGUGGAAGGAAGGGGAGAGGGUGAUAGAGAGAUGGGCAGUUUGGAUCGAGUUGACGAUCGGACAUUUAGGGUUAAUUUCUCAGAGGAUGGAGUUGGGAAGCUGAGAGAACGAGUGAGGGAGAAACUCAAGGAGUUCAUGGGCGAUUACACGGACGACACUCUCGUGGAGUACGUGAUUGUGUUAUUGAGGAAUGGCAGGCGCAAAGAAGAAGCAAAGACUGAAUUGAAUGUUUUUCUGGGAGAUGACAGUGAUUCCUUUGUUUCUUGGUUGUGGGACCACCUAGCUUCAAGUGUAGAGUUGUAUGUGAGUCAUGGGCAGACUGAAACAGAUAAAACAACUGAAAGGAGAACUAUAGGGGCUGAGCUUGUGGGAAAUGAUCCUCAUCAUGUGGAGUUCGAAUCUAAGAAAUUAAAUACUGAAAAUAUAUCUAAGAGUCGGCAUCGAAGAGAAUGGAGAGACCCAAAGCAUGAACCAACCGAACAGCCUUCUUUUCGGAGUUCUGAGGUUUUUGAUGCAGUAAUGGAGGAUACGAAUCAUCACACGGUCGAUCUUGAAAAGCGUUCUGCAUCACCUCGAGUUUCACAGAAGAAAAAAAGAAGUCGGCAGGAUGAGCGAGAACAAUCAAAGAGGGAGAAGGAGACAGUUGCACUAGCAACUAUUGAUGCUCCUAGGAGGCUACUACAAUUUGCAGUGCGGGAUGCUUUAGGAACUCCAAAGGCAUCUAGUUCAGUCAAAGAGCCCUCCCUCAAGCGUCUUCGGUCAGUUGUAUCUACAUCCACUGAAGAGCCACCGCCACAGGUUGAUCGCCCUAGGAGGAUCCAGUCUAUUGCUAGAGUUCCAGGGGGCCCCAUGGCUACUGUAAUCAAGGCUGUGAAGGAAGCUGCUGAAGAUGUAACAAAAGUCAAAACCCCAAGAAGUGUGUUUGACCGUCUUGGUCGGGAUUCACCAGCAGUCGAGACUACAGUAGAAUACAGGGAUGUCGCUAUGGAUGAGGAAGAAUACGCAUUUAAACUCCGCCGGGGAAAUCAUAGAGGUUUGACUUCCAACUUCAUGGCUGAAAGUGGAGAUGACAUGGGUAUGGAUGAUCGGGAUUUGGAAGUUCUGCCAACUGGCACGUCUCGUGGUGGCAGUGACGUACACCGAUUUAAGGUUCAGCACAAUGCUGAUGAUUUUGUGCCGAAUAAAUGUCCUGAUCAAUCUGUUCAGCAUGCAAAUGUUUCAUGGAAGCAGCCUCUUCCACAUCAAUUGCAGCUAGCUGCACGAUUGGAACAGCAUCCCCGAGACAAUGAGAAACAUACAGGGAAAGUUGGUGCUCAGAUUAUGAAGGAGAACAGCAACCCUAUUGUGGUUGCUCUUAGCAAUCUAAAACCUGCUACAGACCAUAAAGAACCUCAGCAGACAUUGCCAUCUACGCCUGGCUCACUUACAGCUGGUCGACCUGUAGAAGAUGCCGAGUCUAGAACGGUUUUCGUGAGCAAUGUUCAUUUUGCUGCCACCAAGGACAGUCUUUCUCGGCACUUUAAUAAGUUUGGUGAAGUGCUUAAGGUGGUUAUAGUAACUGAUGCUGCAACAGGCCAACCUAAAGGGUCAGCUUAUGUAGAAUUCACGAGGAAAGAAGCAGCAGACAACGCUUUGUCACUCAGUGGAACUUCUUUUAUGUCGCGGAUUCUCAAGGUGAUAAAGAGAAGUGCUGCAACCCAAGAAGAUUCUCCUCCCACGAUGGUUUGGCCACUUGGUGUCCCACGCGGCUCCCCAUAUGGGGUUGCCAGGUUUUCGAGAUCCCCUUUUGUUCGGGGCAUCCCCGGUGGGGGUGCAUUCCGGGGCCGCUUUAAGCUUGGUGCCAGGAGUAUGCAGUGGAAGCGUGGUGCUCAAGGCAGCAACGCUGAUGCCACUAUUACCAGGAGCAGCAGUGUUAAUUCCCCUGGCCCGCGCAGUCUGACUUAUGUCAGGACAGAACCUAAACAGGAGGGGACAUCAGCUGCUGUUUAAGAAGCAAUUCCACAGCUGUGUUUUUGUGUUUUGGCCGCCAAAGGAUUAGUUCUUCUUCAAGAAAUGCCCGAACCAGACCUGAUGCCAUGAUGCAGUUGGUGGAUGAAGGGAAGGUAACUUCUUGUUCUGGCUGGUGGAAGUGGCUCCUCCAUCAUAUGGUUUGAUUUAUUAUAGCGCAGCGAGUAACUAAGCUGGGUGGGGGAAUUCUUCUGUGAAUAGAAAAUGGGAAGAAGUUGAUUUAUUUGUCGGAUAAUUUAUUUUCUGUUUGAAUUUGUGACAGCUUUGCCCUUUCUGUUUUCUGAUUUUUCUUUUCCCUCUUCUGUUGCUGCUUGUUUGGAGGAAAAAUAGAUAACACCAUAAAAAAAUAUGUAGAAAAAGGGUAUUUGGAAAAAAGCCAAAAGAAAGAAGAAGAAGAAAAAAAAAAGAACUUAUAAACUAAAUGAAAAACAUAUAUAUUUGUGGAAGAACACAGGGUCCUCCCUUUGUCAUUGCCUGUGUAUUGCUUGUGUAUUUUUGCCUUGGUCUGCUGCUUUUUGACGAGAUCUGGUUGAGCUAUUGUAAUAAGCAACUCGUAACAGAGUUGUAUAGUAUUCUGCAGGGAAAAUGUCUGGUCUUUUGAUUCUUUGUGAUGUUCUACUGAUUGGAACGCUAGAAAUUCCUGAAUUCCCCUACAGGUUUAGUGAAAG